ACCAGAGGUGAUGGUGGUCCGGGAGGCUUGGGGAGGCCCCUUGGCCUUCACUCGGCCCCACAUAACUUGUUUGGACUAGAGUCUAUCUGUCUGUCUCUGUGUGUGUGUGUGGUGUGUGUGUAAGAGCCUGCGCGUGUUUGGUGAGACUGCGUGCGUUGCGUCCCCUCGCUCUUACUCCCGGUCUGCUUGUUUGACUUUGAUGAUUAGAGGUGAAGCCGCGCUAAUGGACGAAGAAGGUUUUCCCUUAGUGCUGGAUUCCAGACCAGUAGCAGACUACGAUGUGGGUCAGUUUCCAACUGACCUUCCCAAAAAUGAAGACCAAGAGUCGGGAGAGAUGACGGGCCAGCAAGUAGUUGUGGUUAGACGACCCCCUGAGAACAGUCGCAUUCAGACGGAUGUGAGGAUACUCCAUCGCAAUGCGAUCAGGACCCAGUUGGAGGCCCUGCAGUACUCCGUCAGCCACAGGGCGCUUCAUCUCCACUGGAACUUUUUGUCUUCGAGUCCGGCUCUUCAUCUGGAGACACCUCGGAUACCCUUCCAUAAUGUUAAUGAUUCCAGGACUUCAGAGCUGCCCAUCCAGCCAACAGGAUUCAGGCGUGAGCAUGAACUACAUCUCGAGAGGACGGCCACGAGGAAGCCUUUUAGGCUCCAAUCAUCUUAUAGUGAAAGUAAACCAAAUAAAAAGGAAGUCUAUAUAAGUAUUUGGAAAGAGCACUGUCGCGGUCAGUUAGUGUACGAUGACAAUGCAGUAGAAUGGAAAGAACUCAAAAACAAAUGUAGAUUCUGGAUUCCGUUUCAGGUCGUCUUGGGAGACUUCGCCAUCUUCUUACCUUGUUGUUUGCUUUGGUUAUUUCGAUUAGUAGUAGUAACACUGAAAAUAUGUGUGCCGUCGGUGGGAUUACAAAUGGUGUAUUAUCACUUCCUGUACAAUCACAUAAAAAUUCAUUUAAUUGGAAAUGAGAGAGGUGUAGAGCCAAUAUUUACUGGUGCAGUUUAUCAGGGGCCCAUGAUUUACAGCGUCAGAUAUGUCAGCUGCCCUUACUGUAGGUACAAGAGGGAAUCCAAAGCGUUACUCAAAUACUUUGAUAUCCUGUACCAAGAGAGGAGAGACAUGGCUGUCAGGUAGUGAGAAGCUGUAUGUGGAAAUGUUACUAAUACAGCGAGAUAGGAACGCAGUCAGGAAUGCCAAAUAAUGAAACAAAUCAGUUUUAAUGAGGCUUCUUCAAUUUCCAGUACCAGACAAGGGUAUAGUAAUGAACUGUUCAAAUGCUCGCCAAUUAUAUUGCAUGUUCAACAAACGUGGCAAUGAAGCCAUCACAAUGUUGUCCUUUAACUUCCAUAACCGAGCUUUUGCAGCUAUACGUAUCUGCAGUAAUCCUUUGAAUAGUAUGUUCGUAUUGUAGUUUCCGAACGUCAUCUGUGAUCGUUGGAUGGUCUGUGUAUGGUCUUUGCUAAAGACUGUUACCGUCAGUACCAUGUGUGGCUUAAAAAUCCAUAGUAACUGUAACAACUGGUUCCUUGGUCUGUAUUUGAUAUGAAAUUAGACCAAUGAAAUCAAAACAGAGGACGCUGCUUUCUUAAGUCUGUGUGUGUGUGUGUGUGUGUGUGUGUGUUAAGAUUGAGUCUGUGAUUUUUUUGUGAGAGAAUGUGUAUAUUCACGUAAACGUGUUUGCAGAUUCGAGCGGCUUGCUUUAGUCAUGUUAAUGCCAUGUGCUCGUGCGUGGGUCUGUCUAUAUGUCUACAAGCAAGCAAGGGCAUAACUCUGCUUCUGGGAAACAUUUUCAACCUAGUGGAUCAAUUCUACUAUGAAGAAACUGCAAGGUGAUGGGCUUCUAGAGAAGGUCAUAGAGCGUCAUGUUAAAAACAUUUUUAUUUUACAUUAGCAUCUGCUUUGUUGCAUAUAUAUACAUAUAUAUGAAUAAAUAAAUAAAUAUAUAUAUAUACACAUCUCAACCUCGACCAACUUUUCCAAACGACUGCAAACAGGUCAAAUGGGAUAGCCCCAUAGUGGAGAACAUUGCCAGUUUGCCACGCCAUUACUGGAGGCAGCUGCUGGUAAGGACAAAGUGCGCAUCCUAGCUGAACAAGCUCCCCAUGCCGGGGACUUCCUGUUGGCUGUCCCUAAGUCUGUCUUGGGCACCCGCCUGGACCAUCUGGCUCUAAGUAGUGGUGUUGCCCUGCGCCUUGCCGCCCCUAUCCAUAAAUAAAUUGUUAAUAUAUCAAAAUAGCAUUAAAUGAAGCUAUCCAUUAAAUUUGUUUAAUGUAAAGCAGUUUAAUAAAAUUUGUAAAUGACUUCA